AAUCACAAGAAAAAAAAUAAAAUGAAAAAAAAUUAAUCUGCUUUUUCCAUUCUCUCUUCUUCCCUUCUGAAUCAAGCAAAAUCCACAUUGCAUUUAUACAUACACUAUACAUACAACCGCUUCGUCGCCCUCAUUUCUGUUUACGCGCCGUUUUCUCCCCAACCAAAGCAGCCAUAAAUCUCGCAAGAAAAUCCAGCUUUCUCACUCAAUUACUCAUCUCACAUUUCAAUUCGGCUGCAUCCUUCUUGGAUUUCUCAAAAAAAAAUGGGGAAUUGUUUGGGGACAACGAAGAAAUCGGCGGCGGAGAUCGCGCCGUCGGAGCUGAUGAAGCCGGCGCCGGUGAUAAAGCUGUACGGGCAUCCGGACAGCUUCGCGACGUCGCACGUGAGAUUAGCCCUCUCGUACAAGCCGGUGACGCUCCAAUUCGUGCCCUCCGACGCGCAAGAAAACCCUACGAUUAUGUACCGGAACGACGUCGUCACGGGCUCGGUGGAGGAGAUUCUCAGGUAUCUGGACGCGAAGUUCCCCGACCCGCCGGUGUCGGCGGCGGGGAGCGUGUGGGGGUGGUGCGGGGAGAAGACGCCGGCGGUGGUGUGGGUGGUGAUGCUGCAGCAUCGGAGCAUGGGCUGGCAUCUGGAGAGGAUGGAGAAGUGGGCGGAGGACAUGGUGGCGCGUGGGGGGAACGCGAGGGGGGAUCCGUCGAUGGGGAGCCCGAGGAUGGAGGUGAAGAAGUUCGCAAAGAGCUACUCGCAGCUGCAGCAGGUGUUGCUCGAGCACGCGCAGAUGGAGGAGAAGGUCAUGUUUCAGAUCCUCGAAUCCGCCGAUCGAGGGUUGUGCAAAUCUGCGAACGAGGAUCACGCAAGAGACCUACCUAUAAUGAAUGGUAUAAAAGAGGAGAUUAAGAUAAUAGGAGUCAUGAAUGCCGGGAGCCCAGACUACCAAGAGGCCCUCGGUCGCCUCUUGUCCCGUCUCAAGAAACUAAAGGAAAACUGCAAGCAACACUUUGAAGAGGAGGAGCGCGAGCUGCUGCCACUGAUGGAGGCAACGGACUUGAACAAGGUGCAGCACGAGAAAGUGCUGCAGCAGUCCUUGGACGCGAUGCGCGAGACGCACUCUCACCUGUUCCGUUUCUUCAUGGAAGGGCUGUGCCCUCAAGACGGGAUGCACUACUUUGGGUUGAUCAAGAGAUACUGCGACAACGUUCGAGCAUCGCUUAUGCUGCACAUGACGGUUGAGCAGUGAAAUUGCCAAUAUUCUUACAAGGUAAUUAAAAAGGUAGCUUUGCUGCUAUUUUUUUUAUCUGUUUCUCAACAGAGGGUGGUUGGUUUCCUUGCAUUGCCAUCAGAAGUUGUGAUUGUGCCAUUAGUGAUUUUUUUGCUUUGGUUUGUUGAAAAGCAUGAUUUCCACAUCCCACCAAACCUGGUUUGUAUAUCCAUCACCAAAACUGUUUCAUUGUAGAAAGUUAUGAGGAUUCAUAUUUUUCUUGAAUUAGAGUUUCUAAUCUUUGUUUGAUACAACUACAAGUGUAUGUAUAUAUGUAUUUCAAUACUAUUAGACAGUUUGAGCA